AUGGUCAAAAUUCGCUAUUCAGAAGAUGUAGUAAAAUUAAUAUCACAGCUGUAUCUGUCUGAGCAGAAAAUUGAUUUCGAUGAUUUUCUAGACCGUUUAGAUGAAUGGUUGUCGUUUUUUGAAAAUCACUGGAAUAUAUUAAUUGAGCCAAUAAAGAACGAGUUUUUUGAUAACUAUGUGUUAAAAUUAGACUACGAAGAGUUGCUUAAUUUGGAUGUUCCUCCAUCAGUAGAAGCUUUUAAAAAAGAUUUUUACUCAUCACCUGAGCUAAUAAUUUCACUUAUUUCCUCAUCACUUCACAUUCUAUCCAUUUACAAAUACAAAAAUACAAGGCUAGUAAAUUUUGAUGAGGAAACAAGAGUUAAUGGAGUCAAUUGUAGAUUAAGUGAUCCUGUCACUACAAAAUCAAAUUUAUACAAAACUUCAUCGAAUAACUCUUCAAAUGUUCAACCUAACCAGUCUUUUAACCCUGUAAAUAACUUUUCUGACGGAGUUGAUUCUCCAUCAUUUACAGUUAAACAAGUUAAUGCAAUACCGUAUCAAGAGUGUGGUCAAGAAAAUAGAGUAAAGAAGGAACAGGAAAGCCCUUUUUCGAACAUUUCAGGCCAUGAAUUUAGUUUAGCUUACAAUAAACAAAAAUCCAUUGAUGAAAUAGAUGAUUAUUUCAAUGUUAACAAUGAGUUUAACGGGACCACAACAACAAUUAACAGACUGUUUGGCAACACAUCGACAAUUGAUCAAGUUUCUAUCUUGAAUGAAUUGGACCGCGCAAGGUCAAAUUUAGCAUAUCAAGCUAAUAAUGAUCAAACUAGUGGCAUGUUCACAGGCUCAGGCAAUUUUUCCGGGGACACAAGUUACGUUAAUAGUCUAGUGAACAACUCGCAGGAUAACUCGGACAUGAAUAACUCUCAAAAUAACAAUGAGUAUGAGAAUAAUGGAAAAAUGAGUGAAAAAGACCCUAAAAGAGGAAAUGAAGAGGUUUCAGAACAAGAAAAUGGAUUUGAAAAGGAGAAUACUGUUCUAAUAAUAGAAAAUAAAUUGAAUAACAUACUCAAUAAUACGAAGUUGAGCAAGUAUAUAUAUUUGAAUGAGAUCAGAUACAAGUAUGUAAUAGUGCGGAUAUAUAAUUAUAAGCCAAUAAUAAGCUUCAAUAACCUAAGAUCUCACACUAUUGGUUGUAUAGCCUCAGUACUAGGUCAGGUGAUUAGGAUAAGUAAGCCAAAGACUUUAAUACUAUUUGCGCUAUUCACAUGUACAAAAUGUGAUGAAAGUUUUUUCAAGAAGUUUAACUCAGGGAUAUUCACUUUACCUAAAAAUUGCAUUAACCCAUGCUGUAAUAAUAAGUUCUUCGUCCUUAAUAAGCAUUAUAUUAUUACAAACACAUAUCAAAUUUUAAGGUUACAGGAAUAUAUAAUUGAUGAUAUGAAUAAUGUCAAGACAAAUUCAAUACUUGAUAUACAGAUAAUGGAUGACUUAAUUGGGAUGUAUAAUUUGGGUAACAUAUUGAAUAUAAUCGGUAUAAUAAAAAUCAAUAAUGAAGUGACUUCAUUUCAAAACGGCAGUAAUAACAGCCUCGUGUACAAGUUGUACCUGAACACAAUCUCAGUUAACAUUUACAAUAACAAUAAUCUCAACAACAGUAAACACUCGAAUUACUACAAAUUUAUCAAUGAUAUUUUCUACAAUGAGUCGAACAGGUUUUAUCUGAUCGCGACAUCACUGUUCCCAAAUCUCAAAGGACAUUAUCAUAUCAAAGUUGGAUUACUCUUGAGUUUGUUUGGAUUUAAUCAUACGGGUAGUAAUAAAAUUUUAAGGAAUGGAAAUAAAGUAAAAAGGGAGAACAUUCAUGUGCUGUUAAUUGGAGAACCCGGUGUCGGUAAAAGUCAUAUGUUAUCAUGUAUUUCAUCUCUGGGAAAUCAUAUCGUUAAUGGAAAUAACAUAAGUAACAGUGGAUUAAAUGUUGGUAUCAUAAAGGAUAACAACAACGAGUAUAAUAUUGAGGCUGGAUUGCUGGUGCUGUAUAACAAUUCAAUACUGUGUAUUGACGAGUUGGACAAGCUAAACUCAACUAACAUCUUACUGGAGGUUAUGGAGAAACAAAAAGUAAGCAUAGCAAAGGGUGGAAUCAUCAAAACACUCAACGCAAACACUACAUUAAUAUGUGCCCUGAACCCAACACAUUCAAAAUUCAAGUUUAGCAAUGAGAACAUAAUCGCCAAUAACAUCAAGCUAUCAACCUCACUCCUCAGUAGAUUUGACCUAAUUUUCCUCAUAAUAAAUGACAAAAAUAAUUAUUAUGAUAAAUGUGAUGAGAAUAAUGAACUUGUUAGGAAAUUAAAGUCAUUCCAGAAAUAUGAUUACCUGAAUAAUGUGCUGAUAAAUGAGUACAUUGAGUAUAGUAAGAAGUAUGUGAACCCGAAGUUCACGAAAGAGGCGAAGUUAAUGUUAUACAAGUUCUUCAAGGAGAUUCUGGAAAUGUCAAAUAAUAACUGUGAUGCUAAUGGAAAUCCAAUCAAUAGUUGUUUGAUGAAGGUAACAAUUCGACAAUUACAAGGACUAAUAAGGCUAUGCAAGAGCAGAGCAAGAGGAGACUUAUUAAAUGUAAUCACAGUAGAUCACGUGAAGGACGUGAUAGAAAUCUUCAAAAACACAAUCUACUACCCAUUAUACACAGUCAACCAAAACAUAGUAGACCCGGGAUUGAAACCGGCUCCGGUGAAGAAAUGUAACAUACUCAAGAUAUUUUUAAAUGAAAUCAGGAUGACUAACAUGGAAACAAUGUCAAAUGGAAUGAUGAGGGAUAUCGCAAGGGACUUGAUCGAGAAAAAUAACUUAAGUAUGGACCCAGAUGAGUUAAUUUACAAGGGUAAGAAAUUAAAAUCACAACUAAGUUUAGUAAAUAACAUGGGAUACAUACUCAAGGAUGACACAUCGUGGAAAAUUAACAUUUAA